AUGACUUCAGUAUCCGUUAAUGACCACGAAACACAAAUCCUCUAUGAACUUCAAGGCAUACUUCACGCUGUAGAUUCAAUAAAUCGUACUCUGACCAAUGUCAUUCAAUUAACCUCAUCUGGUGGAAGACUCUAUGAAUCGCAACGAAAUGCCAAAAUUGGAAUAGAAGAAUUAAAGAAAAUCAUAGAAUCCAAAAAUGAGAAUAAUGAUAACAAUAGACAAUAG